AUGGAUGCAGAAGACCCUUAUAACAGCCCCCCAGAUACAAUGAACUACAGGGGCUACAAUGCAUCACCUUAUGCAGAACCAUUAAACCCGUACGCCCAACCCAUGGAGGACAUCAUGGAGAACGAUGACAUGGAAAUGAUGGCAGAAUACGACGGUCGCUCUUUUAAUGAGGAUCGUGAGACGGAGGAACACCCUCCAACUUUAUCCGUAAAGAAAAAUUUUAAACUUUUUCCUAGGCCUCAAGUAAAACUUUUUGGCCGAGAAAGACUGGAUGUCCAACUGCCUCCAUCCCCACGCAUUUCGUUCACAGAUUUUGACGAGGAAGACGACGAGUGUGAAGAGGAGCCACAAAUCUUCCAUGAGCAAAGAAAUCCUAGACAACCCCCAGCGAAAUCUCUUUAUGCAAAGUCGCUUCAAAGAAACGCCGGUCAGUCCAAUGUUAGGGGGGUUCAGAAGUUGUUGUCUUCAAAACCAGUGGGGAGGAGAUUCAAUGUUCCAUCUCAAAAGGGGUAUCAAGAAACGCAAUCGGAAAAUUAUUCUCCAAGAGCGUUUGGGAGCCCAUUAGGACAGCUGAUGAAAAAUUCCCUUACUCCAAAGCCGAUCCUAAAGCAUCAAGGUAGUCAGAUGACCAAGCAGGCCGGUUCUCAACCCAUGACCAGAAACCCUUUUGCCGAAACCAAUUUUCCCAGGACGACACCAGCACAAGCUUCUUUAAAACACUCAAGAAGUCCAGCGCCUAAUCAUAAUUCCCAACAAAUGCAGCAACAACUCGAUUCCCUCCAAAAGGGAAUGUCCUCCGCUCAGCCUUACCAUAAACGUUUCGGACUAAAAUUAACGGGAAUGGACAACUCACAUUUUGCGAGAAAGGUGGAAUAUUCCUCUUCCAAUAAUAACAAUAGUGAAAAACGGCCAAGUCCUCACCCAGGAGGGUUUAAUAAUCACAGGAAAGAAAUAUCUACACCCCCAUCCCCAAAUCUCUCCACACGGCAGAGGCCACUUUCCCCAAAGCCAGCAAUGAAUGCGUUUGGCUUAAACCAUUCAAACUCUAUCUCACCCAACCACCGUGGAGACUUUAGGAAAGACACGCCAUCUUUAAUUGGGCAGAAACAUCUUCCAUCCUCGCCUCAAAUGGCCAAAACCAAUUUUCCACCAUCUCCUUCGCCCUCCAGGAUGACUCACUGGUCUACAAACUCCAAUAGUCUAAAACCACCAUCAUCUGCCACUCCUGUGAAUCCAAAUAUUGGGCACCUACCAUCGCCCCCAUCAUUAAGAAGAGAGAACAGUUUUAGAAAUGAACAACUGAGGCUAUCGAUGAAAUCCAAGGGGUCUUCUCCUGUUCCCCAGAGGAAUGAACUAAGGUCCAGGAAUGAUGUUCAAGCCCAGCACAACACAUCAUCACCUUGGGCAAGUCCAUCGCUCCACCAACAUGGCAGCCAUCAAAGAAGAGAUCUACAAAAGGCAGCCUCACCUCAGCCGAUAAGACGGAAUCUAGAUGAUCUUCGUUCUGAUCCUUAUGAAGAACAAGGAGAAUGCCCUGAGAAUUGGGGGAAGAAUAACGAACCCCCAACAGAAGCAGUUAAACCUUUACUAAGGAAUCCAUUUAUGAAACAUCUCAGACGCACCGGUGACAUGAAACCUUCAAACCCAUCGCAUCCAUCCUCCUCAAGAGGCUCGAUGUCAAGGAUGCCACCAUACAGACAGGAAAACAUAAACGUUUCCCCUCAGAUGUCACAAAGGCAGGUCGAUAACUUUUCAGCAACCAGGGGAAAAGCUUUUUCGCAAUCUAUAUCCUCCACUCAACAGCAAAGGUCUCCAGCAUUGGGGAGAUAUAACAGCAUGAGAGAGAAUUCAAUGGUUCCUCCACCUACACCAACCUUAAAUAGGCAAGGAAACAGUUAUUUGAUGCAGAGAGAAGAUCCGCAGGAUUUUACACAAUCUUAUUCCGAGAGGCGAAAGUCACCGGUCACGGGAAGGUAUGACAGUAUGAGAGGAACUCCGGUACGCCCUGCGCCGGGUUCAGUGCCCGAUGCUAAAAGCCCAUUCUGGAAAAGGAUAGGGCAACCUCUUGUGGGAUUGUCCCAGGAGCCACCCCGGACACACCAAGGAAAUCAUUCAGCGCCUACUCAAGGCCCACAUGCAAAUCCAUUUGUAAAGAGAUUUGGACAAGUGACAAAUAAUCUGGUGCAAAAGCCACAAUCCCCAUCUUUCUCCAUGAGAGAAACGGAUGAGAGAGAAGGUAUUUAUAAACAUCCUCCAUCCCAAACUAGAGUCCAUCAGGAUGGUCGUCAACCACCACCGAACCAAACAUCCAUUGGGGAUCCGGCCUUCCAUGUAGGACAAACAAGUCAUUCCAGAUCACCUUCUCCUGGGGUAAAGUCUUUGGGUGGCUUCAUGUCUGAAUCAUUAAAUCAAAGGCUAACCAGAUCCCCUCAAGGAAAAUCUAAUAUUAAUAUACAAUUCAAAGGAUCACCAACAUUGUCCGGUGCCAGCCAUGCUUUUCCAAGGCUUCCCCACCCAAGGUAUAUGGGACCUGGUCCUCCAAAGGCGCCAUUAGAGUAUUAUGAUGUGGAUAUGGAUGAUGGGAUAGGCAGAUAUGCGGUGGUCAUGCCCCAGAUUCAAAGGAUGGGCUCCAUCAGAGGUCGUGGAACUUUGAGGAAACAGCCAUGGCCUAGACACCACGUAGGGAACUUCCACCACAUACAGGGAACGUCUAAUAAAUCCCUUCACAUGCCUUGGUCGGAGACACUGAGAAGAGGAUCGCGCAGGGCCAGGGAGAAAGUGGCUAGUUACCUCGCUUACGGGAGUGGGAGAUCUCCGAGAAGCUGGCAGCGCAUGAUCAACCCUGGACCAGAAUCUCCAUGGAACAGCAAGAUGCAGCGCAUGCAGAGCCCGCACGACACGAGGCCGAGCGAACAGCAUGAUGGCAACGGAGCCCAUGACAUGACACAACUGGAAGACCUGCAGGAAGCGUCGGUUCUCAAUAAUUUACGCAUGAGGUUUGACCGGGAUAUGAUAUACUCUGGCAAGUUAUCUGUCGGCCGCCAUGUUCCUUCCACGCAGACGUACAUCGGAAGCAUCCUCCUCUCGGUGAAUCCCUACAAGAUGCUUAAUAUUUACGGAACCGACCACGUGCUGCGCUACGAGGGAAGAGCUUUGGGAGAGAACCCGCCGCACCUUUUUGCCAUCGCAAACAUAGCGUACACCAAGCUCAUGGAUGCCAAACACAACCAAUGCAUUAUCAUCAGCGGCGAAAGCGGUUCUGGAAAAACGGAAGCCACGAAGCUUGUCCUGCGCUACCUGGUAGCGAUUAACCAGAGGAGAGGAGUGACCAAUCAGAUUCUGGAAGCCACCCCUUUGCUGGAAUCUUUCGGAAAUGCCAAAACCGUCCGAAACGACAACUCCAGCAGAUUCGGGAAAUUCGUGGAGAUCUACUUAGACGAGGGCAUUAUCUGCGGUGCCAUAACAUCCCAAUACCUGCUUGAAAAGUCUCGAAUCGUGUUUCAGGCCAAAAACGAGAGGAAUUACCAUAUUUUCUACGAGAUGCUGGCCGGACUUCCCUCUCAGCAGAAGCAGAUGUUUUAUCUUCAAGAUGCUGAAACCUAUUAUUACCUGAAUCAGGGGGGUAACUGCGAGAUUCCGGCCAAGAGAGACGCUGAAGAUUUCCGGAGGCUGCUGAACGCCAUGGAGUCCCUCGGCUUCACCGCGGAGGACCAAGACAGCAUCUUCCGAAUCCUCUCUUCCAUUCUGCACCUGGGCAACGUCUACUUUGAGAAAUACGAGACAGAAUCCCAGGAAGUGGCUUCAGUUGUGAGCGCGAGUGAAAUCCGAGUGGUGUCUGAACUGCUACAGAUUUCACACGAGGGGCUUCAGAAGUCGAUAACUUUCAAAGUGACGGAAACCAUGAGAGAGAAAAUCUUCACUCCGCUGACCGUGGACAGCGCUGUAGAUGCCAGAGAUGCAAUUGCCAAGAUUUUAUACUCCCUGCUGUUCAGUUGGCUCACAGACCGAAUCAACAAGCUGGUGUCCCCCACACAAGAUGCCUUAUCCAUUGCUAUACUGGACAUAUACGGCUUCGAGGAUCUCACCUUCAACAGCUUCGAGCAGCUGUGCAUCAAUUACGCCAACGAAUACCUGCAAUUCUUCUUCAACAAGAUUGUGUUCAAAGAGGAACAGGAAGAGUAUAUCCGAGAGCAGAUAGACUGGAGAGAGAUUUCGUUCAACGACAACCAGUCCUGUAUAGACAUCAUUUCCCAGAAGCCGUACGGAAUUCUCAGAAUCCUUGAUGACCAAAGCUGCUUCCCCCAGGCCACAGACCACACAUUCCUACAAAAGUGUCACUACCAUCACAGCACUUCGGAGUUGUACUGUAAGCCAAAGAUGCCUCUGCCGGAAUUCGGAAUUAAGCACUUCGCUGGGAAAGUCACUUACCAGGUACACAAAUUCUUGGACAAAAACUACGACCAGGUCAGGCAGGAUGUCCUGGACCUCUUUGUCAACAGUAAAAUCAAGGUGGUGGCCAACCUGUUUUAUAGCCAUGCUCAGGUACUUGCGCAGCAGAAAACCAUGAUGGGAAAAAGCAACACCGUCACUCGAAAAUACAAGGCCCCUACGGUGGCCGCAAAAUUCCAGCAAUCGCUCCUCGAGCUGGUGGAGAAGAUGGAGCGGUGCAACCCUUUCUUUGUCCGCUGUAUCAAACCCAACAGCAAGAAGGAACCUAAUUUCUUUGAAGUUGACGUUGUGACCUGUCAGCUGAAAUACUCCGGGAUUCUGGAGACCAUACGGAUUCGUAAAGAGGGCUAUCCCGUUAGGAUCCCGUUCCACAUCUUCCUGAGCAGGUAUCGCUGCGUCAUGGACCUUGGGCAGAAUAUCCGUCCAGAUGGACAGAUCUGCGUCACCGUCCUGAGAAGACUCUGUCCAUCCGUUAAUCCUUCCAUGUACUGUAUUGGAGUGAGCAAGCUCUUCAUGAAGGAAAAUCUGUAUCAGCUCCUGGAGAGUAAACGGGACCAGCUAAUGAACAAAGCGGCCGUGACCCUGCAGCGCUACAGCCGUGGAUACCUGACGCGGAAACGCUACUACACCUUACGGCACAGGAUCAUCCAGCUCCAGGCCCUAGCCCGAGGUUACAUGGCCAGACGAAGGUUCCACAAUUGGAGGAAGAGUAUGCUGAAGUUUCGGGCGUUAGUCCGCAUGUAUGUGAACCGGAGGAGGUAUCUGAGAAUGAAAGCUGAGGCUCGGAGGCUCGCAGAGGAGGAGCGCAGAAAGGCAGAGCAGGAGCUGACCAAGAGAGAAGUAGUCAGUGUCACUCAUCUGGAGAUCCCAGCAGAGCUGGCCGGGAUUCUGCGUUCAACAGCAGCUCAGAAGAACCUCAUGCUGGAGUUUGUUGUUCCCAUUCACCACCCUAGGGUGGCAGCUGACACCCAACUCACUCUACCUCUGGACAUCAACAAUUACCCCCUGUUUAAAUAUGUGCGGGUCUUCUUAAAGGAGCCAUUAUUUGGGAUGCUGACCGUGCCACUUGGAUCUUCUCUGCUCCCCAUAGAGGACGAGCUGAGACCACAAGCCAUAACUUCAUUUAAACUGAUAUUGAGGUUCAUGGGUGACCCUUUCCUCAAUGGAGUCCAGGAGACAAUGUUUGGGAACUAUAUAAUCCACAAGGGUCUGUCCAACAUGGGCCUGAGAGACGAGAUCUUAGUACAAUUGAUCAAUCAGGUGUGGAGGAACACCAACCCCAACAAUGAAGAACGUGGCUGGUAUCUCCUGGCCUCCUGUCUCAGCAGCUUUGCACCGUCUCCGAACCUGGACAAGUAUCUACUCAAGUAUGUUUCUGACUAUGCCUAUGAUGGCUAUAAGUCCGUGUGCCAACAUAAACUCAUUCAAGCAAUACAGAAAUCACAGCAAGGGUCUGAAACUUCUCGCACCUUCCCUCCAUGUUUACUGGAGUGGACGACCAGCAGGGAGAGAGCCAACAUGGCCCUGGACGUCCACUGCUUCGACGGUACAAAGACUUUGUGUCCGAUUCACUCGUGGACCUCUGGAGAGGAGAUUGCCGGGGAUGUCCUCAGACACAGAGAGGUGAUUGAAGGUUGGCGCGGCUGGUCGGUCUCCAUAACAAACAGCGGUCGCUGGGCAGAGCUGGCCGGCCAUGAUUACGUCUUGGACCUGAUCUCCGAUGUGGAGCUGCCUAGAGAAUUUCCUAAGCUGAAGUCUUAUUUCAUCACUGGGUCAGAGGGAGUACGAGACAACCUCAACUACCCCAAUAUAGUAUUUGCCAACGGCUCGGGCAUGGAGGAGGAGGAGGUGCCGCCUCCACCGAAUAUAAAAGCUCCAUCUUUACCGGCUCCGGCAGUGCCAGAUUCUGACGGCUACUACAGUCAUGAUUCCGACACAUUCAGCGAACCCCCAUCCCAGAAAGGAAUGGACCAUUACCUGGACAGUCUGUUUGAUCCUGUGCUUUCCUACGGGAAUGGGGAUCUGGAGAAGCUGACCGCAAUGUCCCAGAAGAUGAAAGGUGGCGGAGGAGUUGGGGAGAGAGAUGCAGAGGAGGCUCCUGGAGACGACGGCUUUCCUUCUGAGACAUCCCACCAACCGGACUUAGAACAAGCCAUAUACGCUCAUCAGCAAGCAUACAUCAACCAGCAGGCCAUGUUACUGGCCCAGCAAAUGACCAUGCAAGCCAUGGCUCUCCAGCAGCAAAUGGUCAACAAUGCAUCUAUGGAGGCCCCACAAGCCAACAGCGCUCUACCCCACUCCAGCCAAUCCGGUUCGCACCACGUGACCCCGGUAGUGGCUCCGAUGCCUAGGACAGGGUUACCGUUCCAGAGGAAUCCCAUGAUGGGAUCUUCUCACAGAACUCAAACAUCUACCACCAGAGAGAGAUCCUUUAAUCAAGGACCAGGUCUCUCCCCCCGUCAAAGACCUGAUGAUGUUGUCCAUCACACCGCUGUGAACUCAGAGCAUUUCCCGCAACCAUCCCACAAUAUUAAGGACAUAAUAAAUCAAUAUAAACAACCGGGAAGGCCCAGGUCUCCUGUACCUGUAGCCAGAAAGCAACCAGCGAACAUUUUCGGAAGAAAAAUGGAUCCGCACGAAGAGGCCUUAAAGAUCCUCAAGGGUCAGAUGCCUUCACGACCAUUAACCGGCCCAACACAGGUCUCCAGUAUGUCAUACGUUCCCAAGCCCUCGAGAGACACCGUUGCUUUGGUAAAACCUGUACCCAGCAUUAAGAACAAGAAGCCGGAUUCUCCGCCACCCAUUAGCUGCGUCAGACCCACCACAGCACGGGCAGUCUCUGUGUCUCGGGAACUGUCCGAGGAACAAGAAAACAUCCAGACUCAGCUGCACCGUCAGUACAGUGAGGAAUAUUACACUUACAGCAACGUACCUUGGAGGAUCUAUAUCAGAAAGGAGGUUUUCUAUCCUAGAGACAGCUUCAAUAAUCCGCUCAUUCUGGAUCUAGUCUUCAAGCAAGUGAUUAACGACACCCUGUCGGAGAGCUGCGUCAGGAUCACCAAGGAGGAGAGACAGAAGAUGAGAAGCCUGCUAACUGAGUACAGGUUGGACUCCAUCAACGCCAUAGCUGAUGAAACCAUAAAGAAGAAGAUUGUGACGGCCGCCCGGGAGGAAUGGGAAGUGUAUUUUUCAAGACUUUUCCCAGCCGCUGGAAGUGUUGGGACUGGUGUCCAAAUCCUUGGGGUUUCUCAUAUGGGGAUAAAACUUCUAAAGAUGUUGAAGAGCGGUGGGUCAAACCCAGAACAGCUCCGGGUGCUGAGAAGUUACAGUUACGCCGACAUCAUGUUUGUAACGGUCCUGUCCAAGAACAUGCUGGAGUUUAACCUGACCAACGAGAAGCUCAUCCUUUUCUCCUCGAGGUCCAGCCAGGUCAAGACCAUGAUCGAUUGCUUUUUGACGGAACUCAAGAAGGAUUCCAACUAUGUUGUUGCUGUCCAGAGCUACGUGACAGAGGAUAAGAGCUUUCUGAGUUUCCAUAAAGGGGACAUUAUCCGUCUUCAGCCACUGGAAGGACUUCAGAAAGGCCAAAAUUAUGGCUGUGUUGUAAGGAAGAAAGUGAUGUACUUGGAGGAGCUAAAACGUGGAACUCAAGAUUUUGGCUGGAAGUUUGGAGCCAUCCAUGGCCGAGCUGGCCUUUUCCCAGCAGAGUGCGUUCAGCCGGUGGCAGCGCCUGACUUUGUCAACCUGCCGGCCGACAGGAAGGAAGAGCCGAGGAACCGGCGGAGCAGAGCUGCGGCUUCAGCUGCAGUUGCCGUGGCUGUGGCCUCAACUGCUGUGGCUCACGAGUUUGACAAAAAGAUGGAUGGCUCCCCUACGCCCAGCGAAUACGCGGAAAGUUUGGAUGAAUACGCAGAUCCAGCCACUUCUGAGAUUACGUUGCAGGGAAGUCAGUUUAACAUGGUGGACUUUGCCAAGAAGUAUUUCCGAGAGGGACAGAGAAUGGCGGCCCGACUGCAAGACGAACAGUCAAAGAAGACUCCAGGAGAGUCCUUUAAGCAGAGUUCCAAGAAAAGCAAAGACGCCCAAGACCCGGCUGAUAUGCUGAAAUUUACUAAGAACCCUAUCCAGGAAUCCCUCAUCGAGUUCAGUGACAGCAGCAUGAACCGAGUAGCCGCAGAGAUCUUCCUGGCCGUGAUGAGGUUUAUGGGUGAUGCUUCCAUGAAGGGCCAGUCCGAGCUGGAUGCUGUCUGCACUGUCUUAAAGUUGUGCGGGGAACACGAGGUCAUGAAGGACGAGGGAUACUGUCAGAUCAUCAAACAGGUCACAGAUAACUCCAGCACCAAGACGGACAGCUGCCAGCGAGGAUGGAGGCUCCUCUACAUAAUGACGGCUUAUUACAAGUGCUCCGAUGUUCUGAAGCCUUACUUGUUCAAGUUUUUUCAAGACACGUGCCGGAGCCCUGGAUUACACUUCCAAGGCAUUGCCAAGGCUUGCGAGCAGAAUCUUCGUAAGACACUGCAGUAUGGAGGCAGAAGUGAAUACCCCAGCACAAUUGAGCUAAAAGCCAUGGUGGCCGGAAGAAGCUCGAAGAGGCAGCUGUUCCUUCUGCCUGGAGGGAUUGAACGUCAUCUUAAGAUAAAGACUUGUUCGGUGGCUUUUGAUGUCGUUGAGGAGAUCUGCAUGGAGAUGGGAGUUCACAAAGAUGAAGCCUUCAACGAAUACGCCAUCUUCGCGGUUACUAACAGAGGUCAGAACGUCAGACCCCUGAACAGAAAGGAGUACAUUCUGGAUGUGUCUGCAGAGAUGGAGCAAACUGACAGCAACUACAUGUUCUGGUUCAGGAGGGUUAUUUGGACGCAGCCUCUGAAGUUUGAGAAUGAACUGUAUGCGACGAUGCAUUACAACCAGGUGCUUCCUGAUUACCUGAAAGGACUAUUUAAUGUCUUAUCCCAUUUGAAGCCAACGGAGCAACAGUUUCAGCAGAUUUCACGGCUGGCAGCUCUCCAACACCGCGCCAAAGACAGCGUCUAUCUGCCUACUGUCCGUGAAGUUCAGGAUUAUAUUCCAAGCCAGUUCUACAAGGCGGUGAAGCCGCAGUCAUGGCUGAACAUGGUGAUGCAGCAUAUGCAGCAGAUCCAGCCUCUGAGUCCACACCAGGGACGAGCGCAGUUCUUGGGUCUGGUCAGUGCCUACCCCAUGUUCGGCUCCUCGUUCUUCUACAUCCAAAGCUGUGGUAACAACAUGGUGAUCUCUCCGUGCAUCCUGGCCGUCAACCAGAACGGGCUCAACUUCCUCAACAAGGAAACACACGAGCUGGUGGUGACGUUUCCGCUGAAGGAGAUCCAGAGCACAAAGACCCAGCGACCUGCUUCAGGCUUCAGUUACCCCUACGUAGACAUUGCGCUGGGAGAUAUGAUGUCACAUCGGGUAACACAACUACAGCUGGAACAGGGUCUGGAGCUGUGCAGAGUGGUCGCCGUCCACAUGGAAAACCAUCUCCAGAGUUGCGAUAAACGCUUAACGCUUCCUCCCAGCGAGAUAACUCUGCUCUGAUUGGCAGGUUACCCUGCUAGGUUCUUUUGUCCAUUAUCCAGUAACAGGUCAGGCUACGAUGGUGCCAUCCACAUAAACACAACCGCCCAAUCGGG